AUGGUAGGCUGCACUAUGGACGGACCGGCGAGAGAUCGAGUCAUGAAAUUGAUACAAGAAAAAGACAGAAUUGAAAGCGAAAUUCGCGAGCAUAAUUUAGUUUUAGAGGCAAAUAAUGUUGGUAUGCAAGACCCACUAGUAGAUGCUGAAGGGUUUCCUCGCAAUGAUAUUGAUGUCUAUAAGGUCCGGCAUGCAAGGCAUCGUAUAAUUUGUCUACAGAACGACCACAAAACUCUCAUGAAACAAAUAGAACAAGGCCUUGGUGAAGUGCACUCUGAAUUCCGUGGUACAAAUAGUGCAGGGACAUCAGCUCCAAGCCCAACAUAUACAAACGGGUUUGCCACUUCCAGUAAUGGUGAUUCGAACCAAAAUAUGAAGAGUUUUGCUAAAGUAGGGUGUAUUCAAGAAGGAUCUCCGGCUGAUUUAGGGGGCCUAUGUGAAAAUGAUGACAUACUGCAAUUUGGUUCAGUCAAUGCAGACAACUAUUCAGACAUAACCCAAGUACACAAUGUAGUUGCACAUUCAGUUGGUCAGCCUAUACAAGUGAGAGUGAAGCGAGGUUCACAUGUGUUAGGAAUCACCGUAACUCCUCGGCCGUGGGCCCAGCCUGGCCUGCUUGGAUGUCAGAUAAGAAGACUG